UAAAAGAUCAACUUCAGAUGAUGUUGGAGCUGAUGCUGCCCCACACACUUGGAGACAUUUUAAACGUGCACCUAAAGAAGUGAUAAUCAUUGGAUCAUUUGGGAAUCAUGAACAAUGGAAGCUACCUGGAACAAUUGUAUCACCAAAGUCAAUUCCUGUUGGUCUAGAAGGAUCGUAUGAAGAUUGGAUUGCAGAGGAGGUUAAAAGCAUAGUUGAAAUUUAUUUAAAAAAUCCAAAAAGAUAUGAAUUGAAAGACAUUCCAGAAAAGGAAAAGUCAAGACAGUUUUAUCUUGAUAAAAUUAAAUCAUUAUUUGAAAACUGUAAGAAGGAUGAAGCGGUCAUAUAUUAUACUGGUCAUGGAGAGAAGGACACUGGUAACUGGUGCUUUAAAGAUGGAGUGAUAUCAUUCAAUGACAUCUUUGAAUUAUACAUGAUGCAUUUCAGGGGUAAGUCUCUACAGAUAGUGUCUGAUUGCAGCUAUUCUGGAAAAUGGAUACACAACUGUGGCAAAAAACUAGAUGAAUAUGGAAUACUGUCUUGUGGACAUAAAACCAGUGAACAAAGGAUACUAUUCCAGAUUUUCACAUCAUGUCAACCUCAUGAAGAAGCUGGACUACUCACAUACAGCAGAAAAGGAAUGAAAUACAGCAAAGAAGAUAAAGGUGUUGUUAUAUAUUAUGAUGAAGAAAUAAAAAUGGAACCAGCCCAAAAAGGACAAAACCCAAUGCUGGUUGACUUCAGACACAUCCACUGCUACAAGAUGCCUGAAGAUCAGUGUGAAUUGGACUCUACUUGCACUUGGGAGGAUCAUCUUAGCAAGAAAAGAGAUCGAAUUGUAUUCCUGGUUGACAAUAAACAUGACAAGUUUCCCAGUUGGUAUUAUUUGCUAAUUUCUGAAGACACUUUUGAUGAAUUCAAAGGUAAGCAGGAUAAGGGAGGCAUUGGGGUUGAAGAAGCAACAAAAUAUGGCAAAGUCUUAUACUCUGGACCAGGACAGAAUCCUCCAAGUGAUGUAAAGAAAAAGCUUAACCUGAGAUUUGAUAUGAAUACUUACGCUUCAUACAAAUUUUUGCUGAUUUUUAUAUAA